UCUAUGUACCAUCAUAACUUUGUUGAAGUUAAAUCAACUCUUACAUAAAAGUUGAUAAAUAGUUAUAAUCAGAUAAUUAGUCAUUUGUUGGGUGUUGAUGGUACUGAAACGACCAUUAGGCGAGGCGGAAGAGGAGGGUCGUCGUGAACUUCUUAAUCGCGAAACUAGGCAAAGAAAUCAUGUGUCAUCAAAUUUUGCUAGAAAUGUUAUGCAUGAGCUUUCAACUCAGGAUUUUGUCUCGACAUUGGAACCAUUGAUUCGAAGAUGGGUGCGAGAUGAGGUGCAACGUGCCUGUCAAAGCUUCUGUUGCUCAUCACCAAGAUCGCCCUUCAAUGCACUUGAACCAUGUGGAACAAGUACAUCAUUGCAGCUUCGUUUCGUGACAAAGAUGCCUCAGAUGUUGUUCACAAACAGCAAGGUGGAAUCUGAGGACAAUGGUGCUGUCAAAAUAGUCCUAUUUGAUACCGAUUCUAAUAAAAUCGUAUCAUCUGGACCUUUGUCGUCAUCAAAGGUACAAAUCGUGCCACUUGAUGGUGAUUUUACCGUUGAUGAUGAUGAAGAUUGGUCUCAAAAGGAUUUUGAGGCCAAAGUUAUUUAUGCAAGAGAUGGGAAAAGGCCAUUAGUGGCUGGAGAACUAAUGAUGGUUUUGAAUGAAGGAGUUGGGGAAUUAGGUGAAAUCUACUUCACCGAUAAUUCGAGUUGGAGAAGAAGUAGGAAGUUUCGGCUUGGAGCUCAUGUUAAUUCUCGAGUACGAAUUAGAGAAGCUAGAAGUGAGGCUUUUAUGGUUAAAGAUCACCGUGGCGAAUCAUACAAGAAGCACCAUCCUCCAUAUUUGGUUGAUGACAUAUGGAGGUUGGAAAAGAUAGCCAAAGACGGUGCCUUUCAUAAGCGAUUGGGGCUGGAAAGAAUACGUACUGUGAAGGACUUUUUACAAAUGUAUGUUACUAAUGAGUCCUCACUACGCAAGAUACUUGGCGGGUCAUGUAACAAGACAUGGGACACAAUCAUUAAGCACGCAAAUGAUUGUAUUUUAGACGACAAAUUGUAUAUGUAUAGCUGUGGUGGAGAAGGUAUUGGGCUUUUGUUUAACUCGAUUUUCAAGAUCAUUGGUGCAACCUUUGAUGGCCAAAAUUACUUGCCCAUGGAAAAACUUGCUGCAUUUCAGAAGACUGUGGUGGAAUCUUUAAAGCAACAAUUAUACAAGAAUUUGGAUGGCAUGUUACCCAUGGUUGAUAUGUCCGUUUUUGAGGUCCCGAUGCUAACAUCCAAUUUACUUGGUGACGCUCAUAGAAGUGGUGCUAGCUUACUUCUCGAGAAUGGGAAUAUCCCGGCUCUACUCCAAGAUCAACCACAAAUGCAGCUGGCCUCAGCCCCAUAUAUGUUUGGAGUCGAUAACAGUAGCCAAUACAUAGCAGAGGGUUCUUCAAUGCAACUUUAUAAUCCAAGGAACCAACUUAUGCAAAAAGAAUUUAGCGGCGGGCCUUAUGGUGAAGGCUGCAGUUCUAGCUCAGGUACGAUAUCUGGUCACCUGGCUGCUGAAUUUGACUUUCAACUUGGGGCAUCAUUAUGGCAAUCAAAUGAAAUGUGCAGUACUCCAUGUAACCAACCUGUAGAUAAUUUUUCCUCUGAUUAUAGUAUCCGGUUCUCAAGAAACGGAUCACCCAGGGGAAGGUGGUGCAAGAUUCGGGCAGCCAUGAAGUGGGUUUCUGUGAUGCGUGAUUUGGCUGAAAAAAGAAUGGCCAACCUGUAUCCGUAUCUCGAUUUCUGAUCUUUAAUAUGUCAUAAUGUACCUCAUUCGGGUUGGAGGUAUGCAUUCUUGACAUGGGUUCGAUUAAUAACUUAAUAUGUUCCUUUGUUCUUUAUUUCUUCAUUAUUUUUCUCCUGCAACAAGGGUUGAAACUUGUUUUUAUGUUUGUAAAAUAGACGAAAGAAUGUUAAGUAGUAUAAUUGUAAAAGCAGUUGUACCAAAUAAUAGGAGGUAAAGUUUCUCCUAUGGGGUAACUUUUUGUGGCUGGAUCUGUGUCUUGCGAUCGCCAUUGUUUCAUGCUUUUACAGUUUUACUACAUGUAUUCAAAUGUUAUGUAAUCUUGAUCUUCAAAUAAUACUUCUUCUGUAUAAUAAUAUAGCAUUUCGUUCCAA